UAGGAAGUGGUUUCACUUGGCCAAUUCCUGGAGUGACAGUAGAGUCGAGUCAAGUUUUUGGCGCCGUUGCCGGGGACGGCUAGGUUGUUGAAGAAAAGUGAUUUCUGUUAAUUUAGCUUUUCUUUUUGCUUUGUUUGCUUUGUCCCACUUGUGCCUUCACGGGUGUGCUGCUUGAGUGUGUGCAGGUAGUGCAUGACCCGUAGCCAGUCGUGAGGUUUACUGCCGUUGAAUCCAGAGAUUGACCGCACCUGUCGCCAGCUCAGGAGACAACAGCGAGCUAGACUGGCUACGGAAGAGCGCAUAGACGGCCACCUGAGUAGCGAUUCUGAAGAAGAGUACAGGAUGGACGGAGACUACAAUCAACACCAGGGGAAUCCUCAGCAGGCUCCCCCGGUGAAUCAGGUCCUGGGGAACAACCCCAUACCCCAGGAUCAUGGAGUUCAUCAUCCACCGCAGCCGGGUCCCACCUUGGAGUACUACUACACUCCGCGGAUUGCUGACAUCCGCCCGGUCAUCCUCUACCCGCCUAUCCCAGCAAACAACUUCGAGAUCAAGCCAUGCUGGAUUCAGCUCAUUACAUCUUCCAUCCAGUUCCAUGGCUUGAAGAAUGAGGAGGCCAGGGUGCAUCUUGCCCGUUUUCUGCAGCUGACGAACGGGUUCAAGCUGAAUGGUGUCCCGGAUGAUGCAAUCCGCCUUCAUCUCUUUCCCCAUUCUCUGGCGGGGAAUGCUAAGAGGUGGUUGGAGACCCAGCCCCCAUUGUCCAUCACCUCUUGGGACGAUCUGGCUGACAAGUUCGUGCACAGGUAUUAUCCGGCAUCGAAGACUACAGAGAUUCAGCGGGAGAUCACUCACUUCCGCCAAGAGCCAGAUGAGUCACUUCGUGAUGUAUGGGAACGGUACAUGGGAUAUUUCUGGCAGUGCCCCCAUCAUGGCUUCAGUGAUGCAUUCACAGUGGGGAAUUUCUACAGUGCCCUCUCUCCAGAUAGCCAGAGGGUGAUUGAGUCUCUAUGCCCAGGAGGGGAUAUUCUUACUAAGACUCCACCCGAGCUGAACCAGAUGAUCAGUACUUUGGCUGCCAGAGAUCAUUCUUGGGGACAGGGUAGCCGAGGCAGACAGUCCCGGGACCGUGGUGUGCACGCCAUGGAGACCAGAUCCGGGCUCGAGCAGCAGGUAGCUGAGCUAGUGCAGACAUUGAAGCAGCCCAACAAUAUUAUUCCGGGCAGAGGUUUGGCUACACCUCCAGUUGCUCAGUGUCAGUGGUGUGAGAGCUCCAAUCACCUAGUGGAGGACUGCCAGGCUAUGAGGGAGUCUACCACACCCCAGGAGCAGUUGGCCUUCAUCUCCAAUGCGCGGCGCCUCGAUCCAUACAGUAACACAUAUAAUGAGGGGUGGCGCCAGCAUCCCAACUUCGCCUGGAGCAGCAACACCACUAAACCACCUGGUUUCCCAACACCAGCAGGUGGUUUCCCAGCACUAGCAGGUGGUUUUCAGCAGAGACAGCCCUACCAGCCUAGGCAGGGGCAGCCAUUCCAGCAUCCCCAGCGCCAGUUUGCCGAGCCAGCAGCAGCUCCCGCCCUAGAUGACAGGAUGACGAAGUUGGAAAACAUUCUAGCUUCAUUCAUGACGAGCACUCAGGCGAUUAUCACGAGGUUGGACCAGAGUGUAGCCUCGCUGGAGGCAGGUCAGAGGAACCAGGGUGCCAUUUUGCAGGAUCUACAGACCCAGGUGGGCAUCUUGGCCCGCCAGAACACCACCAGGGCACCAGGGACUUUGCCUGCCACCACUGUCCCGAAUCCUCAAGAUCCUCACCAGCAUCAGCAGCUGGAUGCCAUUUUUACCAGGAGCGGUAAGACAAUAUCGACUGAUCAUGUCCCGGCCAGACAGGAGGAACCACUGCCUGCUUCAGCACUUCCAGCCGACGAUGCAGAAGUGCGGGUGGAGAAGGAAGCCCCUGCUCCCAAGCCACAACCAGUGGUUAAGGAGCAUGUACCCCAGCUUCCCUUCCCCACUCGCCUACAUAAAGACAAGCUGGAGACUGAGUUUGCCAAGUUCAUGGCAAUGUUGAAGCAGCUCAACAUCAGCAUACCGUUCGUGGAGGCACUGUCGAAGAUGCCCAAGUAUGCCAAGUUCAUGAAAGACGUCCUCACCGACAAGAAGAAACUUGGGGAUCUUUCGACAGUGAUGCUCAGUGAGGAGUGUUCUGCUAUCCUGCAGAACAAGCUGCCCGAGAAGCGCAAGGAUCCAGGGAGUUUUACUAUCCCUCUCACUAUUGGCAACAUGCAUGUAGGCAAGUCCUUGGCGGACCUAGGUGCUAGCAUAAAUGUCAUGCCAUAUAAGUUGUUUAAGAAGCUAGACUUAGGUGAACUUAGCCCUACUAGGAUGAGCAUUCAGCUCGCUGACCGUUCCAUUGUGCAUCCUAGGGGAAUCAUAGAGGAUCUGCUUGUCAGUGUCGGUGCAUUCACAUAUCCUGUUGAUUUUGUUAUUCUUGAUGUGCAUGAGGAUGUGGAUGUGCCUUUGAUUCUAGGUAGGCCAUUUCUUGCCACCGCCAAGGCACUUAUUGAUGUGCAUGAUGGUAAAUUGAUCUUGCGUGCUGGGAAUGAACAGGCUAUUUUUUCUGUGACUGAGUUUGAUCACUGUGCUAUGAUUGCUGUCACGCCUGUGCAUGCCAUUUCUGAUCAGGUACACGAGUCUGUCGUGUACCCUUCUGCACCUCCUAUUUUGCAGGACCCUCCUAUCAUUCCUUCGCCGCCACUCCAUCCAGCCUCGCCUCCGAACAAAAAGCUCAAGGAGGAGUGGCGGCCGAAGCAGCAGGUUGCUAAGCCUGCACGGAAGAAGAGUGGAGACCACUAUGAGCUGGUCCCACCUCCUGCACCACGACCACCCUGGCCGUCUGGGUACUCGCUCGCCUGCAUCUUGCCAGAUGGCCAGGUCGAGCUGACUGAUGAUGGUGGUCGCAUCCGUCGGGUGCAUGGCCACAACCUGAAGCUGUACCUCAAGAGCGACGUGGAUCCGCUCUUGGAGGCACCUGUUCCUGCACCACCCUGAGUAUCCACCAUGGGCGUCCAGCUAAACGACGGUAAAGAAGCGCUUGUGGGGAGGCAACCCCACCACGGUUUGAUUUUCUUUCUUGUGUUUUGAGUCAGAUUGUAAGCCGGUUUGGGUUUGGUUUGUUUUCUAUUGGUUUGGAUGAUAUCUUAUUGGGCUGACCAUUGGACCUAACAUACUGUGUUUGAGCUCUUUGGUUUCCUUUAGCUGUGCUUGGCUUGACUGGUCCGCUUCCCGGCCACUGCAGUCCGUGCAUACCGGUAACAUCGUUCCCCUUUUCCUUCCCUCUUCUCCAUUGAGGGCAAUGUCGAUCUUAAGUGUGGGGGGAUGUUUAUCUUUUGACUGCAUUAGAUCUGUUUGUGUGCUUAGAGCCUAGUCCACUGUCCAAAUUUUUGAAAUUUGAGGGCUCCAAGCACGACUGUUUGCUUGAUGAUUGAUUGUAUUGGCACUGUGGAUGUGAUUAGAGAAUUGAAUGGCUUUUGACUUGAUACACGACGACUUGAGUGUGACUUAGACAAAUUAUUGUGAUGACUGAGAUGUGCAGUAGAAUUGUGUAGGGGUUCAGUUUUUCAGCUGUCUGCUCACCAAAUGUGACUUGGUUUGAUCACUUGCUUUUGAUAGUCAUUUAUGCAUCUAGUUCAGGGAAUCAGAACGAGAGAUAGAGAAUAUAGGUAGCCAUGUGAGAUUUGAGCCUGCUCGUUUCUUUCUUGUGCGAUAGUUUCCUCUUCCAUGAUAUGCAGCAUUCACGUUGUCGUUAGCUCAGAUGAUGGAGGCAUAGGAUUAGCCCACGACCAAAUUGACUGUCCUAGUGUGUCAUACCCCCUAGUCAGCCCCUUUGAGCCGUGUGUUAUCCUUUCUUUUGGUCUGAAAUGAAAAAAAUCACCCUUUGCAUCUUUUAGAAGGUUCCACAGAGUGGUUUUUACAUAUUCUCUGCUGUUUCUGCUAAGUGUAAUGUGAGGGUUGGAGGUAGUGCUUAAAAGUUGGGCAGGUGUUUGAAAUUGUGCAGAGGUGGUGGUUCUCUUAAGAAAUGAAAAAUAAUGAAAGAAAAUCAAAGAAAAAAAUGAAAGCAAAAGAGAGCCACCACCAAAAAUCUGAGUAAUGCCCAUGUGGUAGUGUUUCUUAGCAGUCUGGCUUAGAAAUACUAGCAUUUAUGUAACCUCCUUUGCUCUUGUGCUCUGAACUUGAGUAAUGCAGAAUAGCAGAAAGAAAGUUAUUGGUUUGAUUGAUUGUGAGUCUGUUGGGUUUGGAAAUGUGGAACCUUGUGCUGUAUGAAUACUUCCACCACCUAAAAGGCCUUUUCCCCAUGUCCAAGACCCUAACCAGUCAUCUGAACCUGGGUCUAAGACCUCCGGAUUAGUUAGUGAUGACACCCCAUUUGUGAACUCUAGCACUUAGAGGCUGCAUUCAUGAUGAAGAGAUGUUAGGGACUGAGAGAUUGAGCAUGCGCAUUUUUCGCAUCAUAUUGUCCUGACCCCACUGGUCGAGAGUGAGUGAUUCAUUUUCUCUUAUUCUUUAUACUCUUUAUCUCGGUGAGGACCUAGAUUGCCCGGUCUUACUUCUGAUACCUUGAACUUUGUGCAUGAUGUGACUGUUUUGAACAAGUGGUUGAGUCAAGUCUAUGUUGGUUGGUGAACAGAAGGGAGACUCUUCCUUUGCUCGAUUUUACUGCAUUCGAAUGUCAUCUGUGGUGGUUGUCUAGGUUGUCAUUGAAGUUGUCCAUGUGUUAGUGAUCGAAAGCCAGUAUGAUCCACGUGUUUUGUGCCGAUAUGUCAUGCCUUCUUGUUUUGAGCUUACCUUGUGUCUGACUUGGUUUGCUUGGGGACAAGCAAACGGUUAAGUGUGGGGGAGUUUGAUAACGAUGUAAUUGCACAUAUUUGCGCCCUUAGUUCUUAUCCGUUUGAGGGGCAUAGUCGUGUAUUUUGGCCUAUUUUACGCCGGGUUGUCCUAUUUUGUCAUGUUUCAGGUCCCAGGUGUCAAAGGGAAGGCUAAGCGCGAGUUUCGGGGCAUUCGGAGGUCAUUUCGUCAAGCUGGAGCCAAAACACGGGCACACCUAAAACAGUACACGGCCGUGUUCUGUGGCCGUGCUUUUUAUGCCGAGAGCUGAGCUGAUUACACGGGCAGGGCCAAAACAAAGCACGGGCGUGUUCUGCCAAAGCACGGGCGUGUUCCACCAAAGCACGGGCGUGUUUCUCCCAAUGCACUGGCCGUGUAAUUAACACUAGCCAAAGCACGGGCGGGCUGAAGCAUUACACGGCCGUGCCCUCGACCGUGCUUUGGCUGAUGCCCUUUUAAGCAGAUUUUUAGCCAAACAGAGGGGGAUUCGAGUUUUUGAGAGAUAGAACGAUUCCUAGAGAGAGAAAGUGACGAGCAAGAGUUCCCAAGUGCCCUAGAUUGAUCUUCAACACCAUUGGAGGCCAGCUCGAGCUUGGAGAAGUGCCAAUCAACGUCCAGGAGCCGGAAUCCGUCCUUCGCAGUAUGAAUUCCGUGUCUGAUUCUGCUUUUGCUUUCUUCUCCAUGGAGUAGUUCUCCCAUUCAUCUGGGUAUGGAGAACCCUAGAUUUUUAUGUUAGGCUUUGAUUGUAUGAACCCAAGUACUGAUUCUGUGAUUGAUUAUAUUCUAUUGAGGUUUUAAUGAUUGAAUGACUUGAAUCCUGAUCAAAUUCCUGUUGUUUCUGCUUUAACCUAGAAUGAGAAUAUCUGCCUAGGUUGAUAGAGUAUCCUUGAUUGAAGGUAGGGAGUUGGUGACUUUAGUCGAGGAACCAACUCACUAUUCUGUACCGGAUUUACUCCGGUAGUGGAGGUUUUGUUCUUAGGGCCUCAAUCUGUCUACUCCGGUGGAGGUUAGUCGCCCGCUAGAGAUUCAGAUUGAGAGGUUCUGAAGACCUUUAGUCGAGACUUCAGGCUGUUUAAGAACCGUCCGCAGUAUAACUAUCAUAGAAACUGAACUUGAUAAUUACAAUCCGGCUUAACUGCAGUCUAGGGGGAACCAUAUCCGGGUGACCUCUUUAACCUGAAUACAACAGUUUACUUGCU